CGAAUGCACAGGGAUUGCAGCAGCAGCAGCAGCAGAAGCAGCAGCACUGCGAGAUGGAGAUCUCCGCUGCGUGUGUGAGUGCCUGUUCCCGCUGUCACUGCACCGGCUGCCUCUCUCUCAGCACUCCCGCAGCCUGUGAGAGCUGCUCCAGUGGCUGGACAGUACCCUGGCACCCACUGAGUACAUGGAUGAGCAGUGGAUCUACAGGGGAUCUGUGCUAUCUUGUCCUUUGCACCUUUGAUCUGUUUCUCAAGGAAAUAUGGUGAGCAAAGACGACACCAAAUGCGUUGUUCUCUCAAAUUCAGAUGAAUCGGAUUCAGAAACAGUUCCCUCACACAGCAUUGACGCACAGUCCGGCUCCGAAUCUGGCAAACAGCAGGUGAAAAAAAGAAACAAGGCUUUACAAGUGCGUUUUAAGGAUAUCUGCGAAGCUCAGAAAGAGCAUCGUGCCAGACGCUCCAGGUCCAUUUCCUGUAAAGUUACCCACAGAAAGUACAUGACAAUGCCUGCCCGGCGAUCUAUUCCUAACGUGACCAAGAGUACUGGUGUCCAGACUUCACCAGAUCUUACAAAACGUUACAAGACUUUCCCAUUCGAAAGGAAAAAAGGACACACCUUUAAACAUGCUGCUUUGGUGGAAGAGUACAGAGGACAAAACAAUGGAUUUUUGAGUGACAUAAAAGCAGUAGGAGAUGAUGGACAACCUACUGGGGAGUCAUCUAAGUACAAGGGUAAGAUUGUGGGGCAGACAAAAGCACUGCUUCACCACACUGAUGACAGCAGUGAUACAGAGGAUUUGCUUUCCAGUGCCAACUGUGUGGAUGGACCCUCACAUUUCUCAGAAGAGGGUCAUCCUACCAGCUCUCCUUCCAAAAGUGAACCAGAAUACAAGGUUUGUGGGACAAGGACCAAACACAAAGGAUUACCCAAAGAAGACAUGGAUGCCGGCACUUCCUCAAAGCGCCAGCUAGCUGACUCAGAGUUUUCGCAGGACAAGCCAAAGGGCACAGGCCCUGUUGCAUGGAACUCUUUGACACAGGUGGAGUCUUUAGGAAGCCCCUCUGUGAGCUGUAAACGGAAAAAGGAUACACAGCUAAAUGAGCAGCAGUCUCAGACACUUCCCCAUAGUGCCAAAUGUUCUUUAAAGUCGCAAGGGCAGUGUCGGACAAGGCAUGUGUCAGCCUCCUCUAAACUCCAGCGAACACAUGGGGGUGACGAGGGCUUUCCUCCAGGAGCCACGGGCAUCGGGAGCAGCCAGCAGAUAAUAACCUUAUCUGGAGACAAGGAUAUCAAAGCACAGCUGCAGGCCAUGGAAAGUCUCAUCAGCUCAAGCCAGGAGACCAUCAAGGUCCUUCUUGGAGUUAUUCAGGAGCUGGAGAAAGGUGAAGCACAGAGAGAGGGGCUCUCCUACCGAACAGGACAAGACACAGCAAAUUGUGACACUUGUCGAAACAGCGCCUGCAUCAUUUACAGUGUCGAGCUGGACUUUAAGCUGCAGGAGGACAAGCUCGGGCCUCUGAUGAAGAGACUUUGUCCCUUGGACAGCCAACAGUGCCCUGCUCUGCCUUACUCCAAUGAAGUUUUCACAUCUACUCCGAAACGCAAGUCCAAGACAGAAUCCAAAAAGCAUGCUCGAUGGAAACUAUGGUUCCUCUAAAUAAAACCUGAAGCCUUUGGAAACGACCAUUUUCUUGGGCACGUUAAUACCCCUGUUAUUCUCAAAAUUGCUGAAGGAAUAUUCAGAUGGGGUAAUCAACACAUGGGAAUGGAAACCACGUGAUUUAAGGUUCUGUGUUGAGAUUCCACACCAUGUCACCUGGGGGCUUAAGACCAAAAAAAUAAAAAAUAAAAACAUUUUAAAUUCAGUCUUACCUUUUCUGGCAUGUUUGCUGGACAGGAUCGACACACAUCUGCAAAAACUAGAGUAUAUUGCUUGGCAACAAGAGGAGGAGCCAUGUGGAGGGUCUUUUAAUGGGUGAAGCUCUAAUCUUUAAACGGACAUCAGCCCUCACCCCCCACUUCCUGAAAGCACAAACAUUUGACUUUUGAGAGAAGCAUGUGUAAAAGACUGAAACGCUAUAUGACUUUAUGUCAGCGCUGUUCUUAUAACCCCUACUAUCCUCUCCUGUUCCUCCUUAUCUGUUAGCAUACUGUGUAAUUUGUUUGUCUGACAGAACAUCUCCUUGCCUUUGCUAAUAACUCCUCCUUGUCCUCCCUCUUAUUGUAACACCUUUAUCUCUUUCUCUCUUUUGUAGCUUUUUAUUAAGCUUACUGUGCAACUGACCAGCUAUCUUUGCUUUAGUCAUUCUGUCAUUUUCUGUUCUUGGAGUGACAUGAAAUAUUCAGAGUGUAUACUUUGGAAUAUCUGCAUCUUUAUAGCAAAGUACUGUGAAAUGAAUUUUUAAAAAUAUGUAUGUUUGGGCCCCUCCUCUUGAAGCAGGUACAAUAGAUAAAAAAUACAGUAUUCUGGGUUAGAUUUUUUUUAAACAACAUAUAUAAUGUUUUGACUACUUGUAUGGCAGAGUAUUUUCUAUGAUAACACUGUUUGCUUUUUAUUUUGAGUAUUUCUUUAUCGGCUUGUUUUGUUUAACAGUUCAGACAGAAAGUAAAAGCUAUUUUGACAUUUCUCUUGAGUCCAAGAGUUUGUCUUGGCUCUCAGUCACAGCAAAGAUGUGAAAUCUUGAAACUAAUUCAUUUUAAGCCACUUGUCUCAUGUCCAGUUAGCUACUUUAACAAUCCAACUGUUGUUUUGUAACAUUUAUUUAUCCUCAUCUAUUUAGUAAAAUGAGAAAAAAAAAAAAUUGAAUGCCAAACACAUGUCCACCAACCCACACAAACAACUGUGCACUGAACUUGCAGCAAGAGCAGAAGGGCUAUAUACAGUGCUAAAGAAGUAAUGGUAGCAAUCUUACAGCAGAAAAGACUUGUGUCCACCAGCUUUGGUCAACUAGGGGAAAAAAACAGAAAUAAAACACAGAUGAUGUAGCAAUGACACUAAACUUGCAUGCUUUUAUAAAGCAGGCAUUUAUUAAAUUCCUUUAGUCACUUCAUAACAGCAGCUGUCAUGUAAAUAAUUGAAUGGAAUUGUACAAGAAUUGUCAGGAAGACUCACACUGGCCUCCCAUUGUUAGAUUACACUGUAGAUUACAUUAUUCAGGUCAACAAUCUCCAUGCAAAGAUCUGUACCUUGGAAAAGUGCAAUUUAGUGAUUAUGUGCAAUAUUAUGCAUUUUUCUACUGUUUCUACAUCACAAUUAAAACAUUUUCA